AGAGCAACACGGUGACUAGUGAUCGUUGUUAUCGAUAGAUAGGUGGACGGACGCACACUUUAAAAGUAUAAAAGAACAUCCAUAAAAGCGUAAAUAAUGACUCUUCGGUUUGAGAGCUCCUACGAGAACUUAAGCAGCCAAUAUCUGCUGAAGGAGUACAAUUACCAGAAGCAGUUCUGUCACCUGUACGCUCACCGCUUGGCCGAGAUGACGCGCCUCCUGACGCCGCUUGCCCAGAAGAAGUGGGGAAAAACGGAGCCAAUUAAGAAGCUGUGCGAGCUGCGUGGCGAACAGGAUGUGCACUGCAUCCUGAUUGGCACCAUCUACAAGCACCAGGCCCACAAGCCCAGCAUCCUAAGGGACAUAUCCGAGGAGAAUCAAUUGGCACCCCAGCCCCCGCGACAGAAUUACUCGGAGCCUGAAGACAAGGUGAUCCUAGAGGAUGAAUUGCAGCGGGUGCGUUUACAGGGUAAGAUGCUGCAGACCCAGCUCAUGGCCACCGGCAUCGUGUGCGCCGUCCUGGGCGGAACAGAUAACGAAGGCUUUUUCAACGUCGACGAUGUGAUGUACUAUGAAAGUGGGCCACAGAAGCCUUUGUCUACCAUACGGAACCGUCUGCUGGUGCUUGUAUCUGGCUUGGAUCAGCUGCAGGCCCACACCUAUGUAGAAGCACUGAACCUGUUUCAGUACUGGCUUAGCGGCAGUCUGGGCAAUGGGAAAGAUGCCAAAUCCUUGGUCCGAUUGAUCAUAGCCGGAAACUCGGUGCGCGGCAGUGCAGUGGCGCAUGUUCCGACCCUGCAGGUAGCACGCUCACAAGCGAACGCCAACGACACUGUCCAGGCGGUCACCCAGCUGGACAGUUGGUUCGCCUCGUGGGCGCAAUGCCUGCCCAUCGAUGUGAUGCCGGGCGCUUACGAUCCGGCCAACUUUAUGCUGCCGCAACAGCCGUUCCACAAAUGCAUGUUUCCCCAAGCGGCACAACUCACAUCGUUCCAGGCCGUGACCAAUCCGUACAAUUGUCGCCUGGAUGAUGCUCUCAUUGUGGGCACUGCAGGUCAGAAUGUGGCAGAUCUCCUCCGCAGUACUUCGAUGGAGUCUUCUCUAGAGGCCCUACGCUGCACCCUAACAUGGGGCCAUGUGGCCCCCACAGCCCCAGACACUCUGGCCUGCUAUCCGUACAUCGAAAACGAUCCAUUCAUCAUGCGGGAGUGUCCCCACGUCUACUUUGCAGGAAACUGCGAAGCCUUCGAAACGGCACUUCAUGUUACCUCCGAGGGGAAACGCACAUGCUUAGUCUGCGUGCCCAGCUUCGGCAAGACGAAGAGCGUCGCCGUGGUAGAUCUGGACACGCUCUCCUGUAGGCAGAUAAGCUUUAGCGUAGAAUCUGAAUGAAAUAUAAAGUCAUAUUGAAAUAAAUUACAUGCAUUUUAGUAAAUAUAAA